AUGAACAGGAUAUUUGGCCGCGGAAAGCCGAAAGCGCCUCCUCCAAAUCUGUCCGACUGUAUCGGUAACGUGGAUGCAAGAUCAGAGUCGGUAGAAAAGAAGAUUGGCAGACUAGACGUUGAACUUGUGAAGUACAAAGAUCAGAUGAAGAAGAUGAGAGAUGGGCCCUCAAAGAACAUGGUGAAACAGAAGGCGUUGAGAGUCCUGAAGCAGAAGAGAAUGUAUGAAGGUCAACGAGAGCAGCUGGCUCAGCAGUCUUUUAACAUGGAGCAGGCAAACUACACAAUCCAGACAUUAAAGGACACUAAAACAACAGUGGAGGCCAUGAAGAUUGGUGCAAAGGAAAUGAAAAAGGCUUACAAGGAUGUAAAACUUGACCAGAUUGACGAUUUACAGGAUCAGCUGGAGGACAUGAUGGAGGACGCCAACGAGGUACAAGAGGCCCUGAGCCGCAGCUACGGCACUCCGGAGAUCGAUGAGGAUGAUCUUGAAGCAGAGCUGGACGCACUGGGUGACGAGCUGCUGCUGGACGAUGACAGCUCCUACCUGGACGAGGCCUCAGCGGACCCGUCUGUCCCCGAGGGAAUCCCCAGUGACGCCAAGACAAACAAGGAUGGCGUUUUGGUGGAUGAGUUCGGCUUGCCACAGAUUCCUGCCUCUUAAACAAGGAAUGGAUUAAAAACAACUGCACUUCAACUGAAAACACUUUUAUCUGUAGAGUAACAUUUAUACGUGCAAAACAUUUGCCCUGAGAACACUACGAGUUUGAAGCUGUGCUGAUGUUGGGUUGUGUAUUAUUACCACUACGAUGCAAGCAUGUGGCCUUGUAACAUACUGAACCUUUUGUAAAAACAUUAUUCCCCUUUUCUUCUGUCUAACACUUCUUCAUCGGUCUCGUCCAUCCCCAGUAUUACCAAGCUUAUUUUUAUUUCUCUUAUUUGUAUUCUAGUUUUGUGUUGUUCGGUCAUUACUGUUUUGUUUUUAAAAGAGUUCUCAAAAGUGGAGAUAAUUCCCACUGAGCCUGUUCAAAUGUCUGCAGGUUAUUUUAAACAUGCAAAAUAAAUGAUGUGUUUUAACUUAA